AUCUACUAAAUAUCUAUCUUUACAUCGUUUUAAUUGACUAACAAAAAAACUGUAACAAAAAAAAAAUUGGAAAACUAUUAAUGUUUAACUUUGAUCUGCACAGGUGAUUUAAGCUAUUAAAAUCGAAAUCAAAUAAGAAAUUGAUAAAAUCAAACAUAACGCAGUGAAAACCAACAGUAAUCAGUCUUCAUAUUGAUAGAAUACAAAUCAUAAUCAACAACUAACACUAAAAAUGGCAUCUUUUCUUAAAUGGUACAGAUUUUACAGCCACACAUAUCCAAUACGGACCAAUCUCGUUCAAACAGGUAUAUUGUUUGGUCUCGGGGACUUAAUGGCUCAGAGUGCAGUAGAAAAGCGUAAACCCGAUGAAAUCGACUGGUUACGUACUGUUCGCUAUGCAUCUAUUGGGUGUGCAGUCGGACCAACACUUACUAUGUGGUAUAAAUCGUUGGACAGAUUAGGAACUAAAAACACUAUACCAAUAAUAGCUAAAAAAAUAUUAGUUGACCAAACGAUUGCAUCACCUAUUAUAAAUGGAGCUGUAAUGAUAAUGAGCAGAGUGUUCAGUGGCGAUGAAUGGCCACAAAUUCAAAAUAAAUUAGAAGACAACUAUGUGAAAGUUAUGCUUACUAGUUACUUGAUUUGGCCAGCUGUACAGAUAAUUAAUUUUUCCAUUGUUCCACAACAAUACAGGGUUCUAACAGUACAAAUAGUUUCAUUAGCUUGGAAUACAUAUCUUUCAUUUAUGAGUGUGGGUGGUGAAAAAUCAAAAUAAUCAUAAAAUUAAAAAAUAUGUAUCAAUGCAUCUAAGGAUGUAUAAUUUUG